GCUAUUCUAGAUCUCUUCUGAAUGCGUCACAUUUUCGUCGGUUUUAGAUCUCUUCUCAUGACUCAACGGAACGUCGCAAAUUCGCAAACGUCAUAACCUAUAGCUCAACGACAACACUGAAGUCGUAUAUGGUCCUGUCUUUUCAGUAUCCUCGUCGUCCUUAAUCCACGUUCUUCCGAGCCGCGUUAUCCACGAUUUCCUCGAUUUACUUCCGCAUUCCCGAACUCUGUUCUCCAAGCUUUAUAAGCCCCCAACUAUAAAAGGGAAAGAAUUUCUCUCCCGAGUUCGACUUUGUCAUAACAACACCUACAAAACCCCAUCAUGGAUUUCAAUAGCUCCUCACCCUUCCCAGAGGGCGUCAUCUCCUUCCUCGACACUGAUCUGUACAAGUUGACGAUGCAAUGUGCCGUCUUCAAGUUCUUCAAAGAUGUACCUGUGACAUACGCCUACACCAACCGAACUCCAGACAAGAAGCUGUCGCGAACCGCCUUCAAGUGGCUCGAAGAGCAAAUUCGAAAGCUUGGAAACAUUUCUCUUUCUACCGAUGAAUACCUUUUCCUCAAGAAGCACUGCGACUACCUCUCUGACGACUACCUCAACUUCCUCAAGGAGUUCCGCCUUAGCCCCCGAGAACAAGUUGUCGCUACCUUCACUCCUGUCGGCGAGGAUAAUGGAGAUGACUCGAUUGUUGGCGACGUUGAUAUUCAAAUCAAGGGCACUUGGGUCGACACAAUUCUCUACGAAAUUCCCAUGCUUGCGCUGACAUCCGAGGCGUACUUCAAGUUCAUGGACACAGACUGGAACUAUGAGGGCCAAGAAAAGCAAGCAUUCGAGAAGGGACUCAAGCUGUUGGAGGCAGGAUGCAUCACAUCCGAAUUCGGCACAAGAAGACGUCGCGACUACCACACCCAGGCCCUUGUGUUCCGAGGAUUGGUGCAAGCUUCCAAGGAAGCUGAGAAGAAGGGAUUCCCUGGCAAGCUAUCUGGAACCAGUAACGUCCAUCUGGCUAUGCGCUUCAACAUCCCACCUGUAGGAACUGUUGCUCAUGAGUGGUUCAUGGGUGUUGCCGCUAUUAUCGGUGACUACAAGUCAGCCACCGAGGUUGCACUGCGACACUGGGUAGCUUGUUUCGGCAACAAGCUCGGUAUUGCUUUGACCGACACUUUCGGAACUCAAGAGUUUCUGCGAGCUUUCACUCAGCCUGUGCAACCUAUCGAGGGUGGCUUCCCAGCAGAGACCUUCAAGAAGGCUGACGGAACCAUGAAGACAUACGCAGAGACCUUUGCUGGUAUUCGUCAAGAUUCUGGCGACCCUGCAGAAUACACUAAGUGGAUGAGAGAGUUCUACGACAAGCAGGGUAUCACUGACAAGAAGCUCAUUGUUUUCUCUGACUCACUGAACAUCGAGAGGUGUCUCGAGUAUAAGAAGAUUGCCGAGGACCUUGGCUUCCAGCCAACAUUUGGUGUGGGAACGUACCUUACCAACGACUUUGUGCAUCUCAAGACUGGCACCAAAUCUGUGCCUUUGAACAUUGUCAUCAAGAUCAGCUCAGCGGCAGGCCGCCCGGCUGUCAAGAUCAGUGACAACAUUGGAAAGAACACGGGCGACAAGGAGACUGUAGAGAAGGUCAAGAAGGAGCUUGGAUACGUCGAACGCGAGUGGAAGGAGGGCGACGAGACCUCACGAUGGGGUAAGGAAUAAGGGGAAAAUAGACUAAGAUACCAGGCACUUAUUGCCGAUUUGAUUAAGGGAGGGCCAUAUAAGCACCAGAAAAGAGACAGGAAACAGCGCAAGCUUGGAUUAUCUGAGACCAAUUACUUAUGCUGUAAUACUGCUUUAGAUCUGAACGCCGCUCAAUCACAUAAAAAUAUAUUA